GCGGGAGGCGGAGGGCGGGCUGGAUGAAGGACUGGGCGAGCACCCAGGGCUUGAACCCGGAAGGUGGCGCGGCCGCUAGUAACAUGAUCUCUAGACUGGGACGGUGGUGUUCCUGCCGGCUGUAUUCGGGCCUUGGACUGGACUGAGGAGCCACGGUGGAGACCAUCCAUGGAAAAGAACCCCCCUGAUGAUACGGGCCCCGUGCACGUGCCUUUGGGGCAUAUUGUGGCCAAUGAGAAAUGGCGCGGGUCACAGCUAGCGCAGGAGAUGCAAGGGAAAAUUAAGCUCAUUUUCGAGGAUGGCUUGACACCAGACUUUUAUCUGUCGAACAGAUGCUGCAUUCUUUAUGUCACCGAAGCUGAUUUGGUGGCAGGAAAUGGCUACAGAAAGAGGCUUGUUCGGGUUAGAAAUUCCAAUAAUCUUAAAGGAAUUGUAGUCGUUGAAAAAACCCGGAUGAGUGAACAAUACUUCCCAGCCCUACAGAAGUUUACUGUGCUGGACCUUGGAAUGGUGCUGCUUCCAGUGGCCAGCCAGAUGGAAGCAUCCUGCCUCGUCAUCCAGUUGGUUCAAGAGCAAACCAAAGAGCCCAGUAAGAACCCUCUUCUCGGGAAGAAACGGGCCCUGCUGCUGUCUGAGCCUUCGCUCCUUCGAACCGUGCAGCAGAUCCCAGGAGUUGGAAAAGUUAAAGCUCCCCUUCUCCUCCAGAAGUUUCCAAGCAUCCAGCAACUGAGUAAUGCUUCCAUUGGGGAACUGGAGCAGGUGGUCGGACAAGCAGUGGCACAGCAGAUCCAUGCCUUCUUCACACAGCCCAGGUGAGGGCUGGCCUCAGGGCCACGGCAUCUUCUCCCGAGACCACAAACACCAGGAUCUUGUUUUCAGCUUUAAAAACCAAGAGAAUGGGCCGGGUGCACUGGUUCACGCCUGUAAUCUCAGCACUUUGGGAGGCCGAAGACAGCGGAUCUGAGGUCAGGAGUUCAAGACCAGCCUGGCCAACAUGGAGAAACCCCUAAAAAUAGAAACAAUUAGCCAGGCAUGGUGACAGGUGCCUGUAAUCCCAGCUACUUGGGAGGCCGAGGCAUGAGAAUCACUUGAACCUGGGAGGCGGAGGUUGCAGUGAGCCGAGAUCGUGCCACUGCACUCCAGCCUGGGCGCCAGAGCGAGACUCCGUCUCAAAGAAAACAACAAAAAAAAAAAAGAAAAGAAAAAGGAUUUCCUCUAGCAGCAACCAGUGAAAGAUGAGGUGAGGCUUGAAUGGAGCCCGUGGGUCGUCCUGCCUUAGCGUCUGAGUUCAGCUUACGAAGUUAGUGGGCCGCAGAGGGCACUGCCUUCAUUCUGCUAAGAUGAAAAGGGCUGGUGGGAUCUUCGCAAGAGAGUCAGGGACUCACACUCAGCAAAAAGCAUUAGGGCCGAUUUUAAUGUGCGACCUUGACCUCCGUCAUGGAAAGUGCCUUCUAAAAAGCUUCAGUGGUGGAUGUGACCAUCUGAAGGAAACAAAUGUACAAGGAAGCACUGUGUAUCCUAAGCCCUGGGUUCCCGGAGUUUCACCUGCUGUUCAUCAGGUCUGGCCUUCAUAUACCUGUACUGCGAGGGCUGCUUCCAAUGUAAAUAAAUAACUGCGCAACA